AUGGCUCAUCAACUCACUGGCGGGGCGUGUAUACGCCUCAAUGAACCUAUUGGCGGCGAUGAUGAGCUCUUCAACAUGCGCCCUACCGUACAGUUUCUCUCUUUCAAGAAGGUCGUCCCGGCACCUGGCUCUUCCGCUACAGUCGACCGCUACCGUGUCAUCAUCUCCGACGGGGAACAUUUUCUUCAGGCGAUGCUGGCCACUCAGCUGAACCACCUCGUGGAAGACGAAAAGAUCACCAAGCAUUCGAUUGCCACGAUUGAAAAGUUCACCUGCAAUCUCGUGCAGGACAAACGCCUUCUCAUUAUUUUGUCCCUACAAAUCGUCGCAAAAGACUCGUCCAAGAUAGGGAACCCCACGCCUAUACAAUCGCCUUCUGGUCCUAAUGCUGCUGGCGCUCUCCCUCAGAAAACUGCGCCAGCUGCAUCCACGUCGACUAUGACAGCACGCCCUCCUCCUGCUGCGCUAGCACAGCAGCCUCCACGUCAGCAGACUCGCAACGGGCGCAACACCGUCUACCCGAUCGAAAGCUUGAGCCCUUAUCAGAACCACUGGAUGAUCAAGGCUCGCGUCAGCCAAAAGUCGGACGUCAAAACAUGGUCUAACCAACGCGGAGAAGGCAAGCUGUUCAGCGUCACGUUGAUGGACGAGACCGGAGAAAUCAAGGGCACGGGCUUCAAUAACGCCGUUGACGAACUGUAUGACAAGUUCCAGGAGGGUAAGGUGUACUUUGUUUCGAAGGCCAGGGUCAACCUCGCGAAGAAGAAAUUCUCCAAUGUGCAGAACGAAUACGAGUUGACGUUCGAGCGCAACACCGAGGUUGAGGAGUGCCACGAUGUGACGAACGUGCCUACGGUUAGGUAUAAUUUUGUCGAUAUAGGCAAGUUGAGUGAGAUCACAAAGGACUCGGUUUGCGAUGUUAUCGGUGUCGUAAAGGAUGUGGGCCAGCUGGGAGAGAUCACCUCCAAAACCACUAACAAGACGGUGUCUAAGCGAGAUCUGACCCUAGUUGAUCGCUCUGGCUUCUCCGUUCGUCUUACGCUUUGGGGAAAGCAGGCUGAAACUUUUGUUGCGGAGGAUCAGCCUGUGAUCGCCUUUAAAGGCGUAAAAGUGGGCGAUUUCGGCGGUCGCACGCUCUCCAUGUUCAGUUCUAGCACGAUGCAGGUCAACCCUGAUAUUCCGGAUGCUCACGCUCUGCGCGGAUGGUUCGAUGCUGCCGGCGUGGAUCAGAACUACCAAGCGCAGUCUAGUUCCGGCGGCGGCGGAGGCGGCUCCUAUGGCCAAUUCGAACGCGCCGAAAUUCUUCCCGUGAACACGGUCAAGGAGCGAGAGAUGGGCAUGUCGGAUAAACCCGAUUUCUUUUUGUGUCGUGCGACGAUCAUGCAUCUGAAGACGGAAAAUAUUGCGUAUCCAGCGUGCCACACAGAUGGCUGCAAUAAGAAAGUCAUCGAGGGACACGACGGCUGGCGCUGUGAGAGAUGUGACCGAUCGUGGGAGAAGCCCCAGUAUCGGUACAUUGUGUCGCUUGCUGCUGCAGAUUAUUCAGGUCAGGCAUGGCUGCAAGGUUUCAAUGACGCGGGUCAGGUUAUUUUCGACAGCAAGAGCGCAGACGAAGUCGUCGAAGUGAAAGAUCGUGAUGACGUUGCAUUCAACAAGAUCGUGGAGCAGGCCAUGGGCAAGACGUACAACUUUGUGUGCAGAGCGAAGCAGGAGACUUUCAACGAUUCGACCCGUAUCCGAUACAGCAUUCAACGCAUCUUGCCUGUGAGCUACAAAGAAGAGGGAGCGUAUUUGGCUAAUCUCUUGCGUCGCUCCGAUUGGGCUCGUUGA